AUGGAUUCGAAGCUGUUCCUUGCUGAGAAUGUUCUCAAUGAGCAUCGGCCUGUCACCUAUCGGUCGUUGAGUCGCGCGCUUAAAGUCCACGCCAACCGGGCCAAACAGAUCCUGUUUGAGUUCCAUCGCAACGAGAAUGCGAAAAAGCCCGCGACUGUCCACGCAACCUACGUCAUCUCCGGUAUCCAAAAGACACCCGAACCAGCACCCGCAAAUGGCAACGGGAGCGAUGAGGAUAAAAUGAUGGGCAGUAGCCCUUACCUUCCUAGCUCAAUGCCAGACCAGGACGAAGCUUCCGACGCGGUUGUUACUACUUCUAUCGUCUUGGUGCGCGAGGAAGAUUUAGAAGAUGCCAAGGCAACAUUCCAGUCGAUAUCUGCCAUUCACGUCUACAGUCUCGAGCCUUCAACGUUACCGGACUUGAAUGUGCUGAUUGAUGCCAACCGGGAGAGUGCCCGUACACAUGCGCAGGACGAUCCAUUGGAGUGCGGGAAACAAUGGGGAAUGAUUCAGAAUCGCAACGUCAAGCGGAGAACUGGUCCACGCCCGCCCCCAGCUCCAGUCGCUAAACCGCCGGCUGCCAAACCCAAAUCCUCUGCUGAGUCGACUGUUCCUGCCAAACGACCAUUGCAGAAGGAAGCGGCCCCUGUCAAGGCAGAGGCGAGCAAACCCGAUGAGGCGAAAUCCCAACCAUCUGCUCCUGUCCCUCAGGCUUCCUCAAAAGCCUCUGGUAAAGCUGCCCCUUCAAAGAAGGGCAGUCUCUUCAGUUCAUUCGCCAAAGCAAAGCCCAAGACCAAAGCUCCUGCCGCUCCUGAACCGGCUGCACAAGAUGUGGUUCUUGACGAUGCCUCUGAAGAAGAGGCCGAGGAACUGUUCCCUGAAAGUACCGAGAAGGCCGCCGCCGCCAACCGUGAGAGUAGGAAGGAACGUGAAGAAAGACUUAAAAAGAUGAUGGACGAUGAUGAAGCAGACGACGAAGAGAUGCCUGAUGCCGACGAAGAGCCUCAACGAGAGCUCACACCUGUUGAAGCCCCGCCCCCAAUCAAGCCAACAGAGCUCAAAGAAGAAGUGACCGUGCAGGGCGGUAGACGACGCGGCAAGCGUCAAGUCAUGAAGAAAACCACCGUCAAAGACGAAGAGGGUUUCUUAGUGACUCGGGAGGAGCCGACGUGGGAGACUUUCUCUGAGGAUGAGCCGGCACCGAAGAAGCCAGCAGUCAAUGUUCCCAAGAGCAAACCUGGCAAGGCCCAGGGACAAGGCCAGGGCAACAUCAUGUCGUUCUUUGGAAAGAAAUGA